GGUAACUAAUGUCCCUGCUCAUGAUGUGCUGACCAGCAAACUCCACUUCCCUCAUCUUGCAAGCCGUGCAAGAAAGAGGUUCAAGUUGAGGCUCACGAGGCCUGCACCAGCGCCUCACAGUACACUGCUGCAGUGCCUCAUAAGCAGGAUGUCUUGCCAUGCAAUGCCCAGAGCAACAUUGGAGAGGAUGAGUGGAUGGCAGUUUCUCCUGAAAACAAUGAAAAAAAUCUUUCUGUUGCUGAAAAAAAUAUUUCUCCAGCGUCCAAUAGAGCAGCUUUAGUCCAGGAAGUUCUCUUUGAUCAGCCUGCGGCUGAGUUCAAGUCUUUUGAGUCAAACUUGCCCAACAAAGACAAUGGAAGAUUAGCAGAUGAAUUGCAUGAAGUUUCCUCAUCUGCUGAUUCAUCCCAUUCUAAAGUUCCUUUUAAUGCCCUCCAGUUAAACAAGAAUGAUUUUGGAUCUGGAUUUAAAUGCAAGUUAUGCAACUAUGUAACAGCUAAGAAUCAAAUUCUCCAUAGGCACUUGUUUGCAAAACAUGGUUUGGGGGAAGGAUUCAAAUGCAAUUUAUGCGACUAUGUAACUGGCGAACAAAGACAAUUCAAAGUACAUAUGUUCUCUAAACAUGGUUUAGGGAAGAGAGUAAAAUGUGAUCUGUGUGACUAUGUUACUACUCGAAAAGACAAUUUCCAACGUCACCUGUUUGCAAAACAUGGUUUGGGGGAAGGAUUCAAAUGCAAUUUAUGCGACUAUGUAAUUGGUAGACAAACACAACUCAAAGUACACAUGUUUUCUAAACAUGGUGUAGGGAAGAGUGUUAAAUGUGAUCUGUGUGACUAUGUAACAGCUCGAAAAGAAAGUUUCCAACGUCACCUGUUUGCAAAACAUGGUUUGGGGGAAGGAUUAAAAUGCAAUAUAUGCGACUAUGUAACUGACAUACAAACACAACUCAAUGUACACAUGUUCUCCAAACAUGGUUUAGGGAAGAGUGUAAAAUGUGAUCUGUGUGACUAUGUUACUGCUCGAAAACAAAACUUAGAACGUCACCUGUUUGUAGAACAUGGUUUGGGGCAAGGAUAUAAAUGUGAUCUGUGUGACCAUGUUACUGCUCAAAUACAAAAUUUCCGAAAUCAUUUGUAUUCUAAACACGGUUUGGGGAAAGGAUUCAAAUGCAAGUUGUGUGAUUAUGCUGCUGGUAGUAAAGAUCGCCUCAGCAGGCACGUUUUUUCAAAGCAUGGUUUGGGAGGCUUGAAAUGCAAGCUAUGUGAUUAUUCUGCACGUGAUGAACCUCGUUUGAAUGAGCACUUGUUUUCUAAGCACGGGCUGGGUAAAGGAUUUCAAUGCAAGCUGUGUGAUUAUGUCAACUGCAGAAAAGAUGGUCUUGAUGUGCACAUGUUUUAUAUACAUGGUUUAGGGAAGGGAUUCCCAUGUGAGUUUUGUGAUUAUGUUGCUGGUAGGAAAUGUCAUCUAACAAAGCACCUGAAAUCCAAACAUGUUCUGGAUUAUGAAAAAUCUAUUAGUACAAGUAGUGCUACUAUGUCUGCUGACAACCCAACCUAAGCUUUGUUGAGGGGUUUGGUAAAAUUCAGUUUGUGUGUAAAGGUUGCAGCUGGUAAAUAUCA